AUGCCUUUUUCAUUUCAAAAUUUGCUCAAAUCCUUCAAACACCUCCACCCCACCUCCCCAAAACACGCUUUCUCCAAAAGCCCCACCUUCCUAAAAGCGCUUUUAGCACUCACUUUCCUUUCCCUCUUUUCCCUCCCUUACUAUCUCACACCCUUCCCCCUCACUAAAUGGCCACUCUACCGGCCCGAACGGGCCCUCAUCAGGCCUGGGCCCGACAAAACCAACAUUUCCCACAUUCUCUUCGGAAUCGGCGGCUCCGUCGCCACAUGGUCCCAUCGCCGCCGCUACUCCGAGCUCUGGUGGGAACCGAACGCGACCCGCGGCUUCGUCUGGCUCGACGAGGCCCCGAGCCCCGAAAACGGGCUCGAGCCCUGGCCCGAAUCAUCCCCCGAAUUCAAAGUCUCGUCCGACACGGCCCGUUUCAAGUACACGUGCCCGUACGGGCACCGGUCGGCCGUUCGAGUGGCUCGAAUUGUGAAGGAGAGCUUUGAGCUCGGGCAGGCGGACGUGAGGUGGUUCGUGAUGGGCGACGACGACACGGUUUUUUUCCCCGAGAAUUUGGCGAGCGUUUUGGGAAAAUACGAUCACGAGAGGAUGAAUUAUAUCGGGAGCGUCUCGGAAAGCGUGGAGCAAGACAUGGUGCACUCGUACACGAUGGGCUACGGAGGGGCGGGCUUCGCGGUCAGUUACGCGCUGGCUGCGGAGCUCGUUCGGGUGCUCGACGGGUGCAUUGACCGGUAUUCGGAUUUUUACGGUUCGGAUCAGAAGGUCGGAGGGUGUGUUAGUGAGAUUGGGGUGCCAUUGUCUAAGGAACUUGGAUUUCAUCAG